AUGGCUGUCAUGGCGCCCAGAGACACUACCAAAAAGCUAGUACGCGCAGCCGCAAAGGCCGGGGUGCCCUAUGUCCAGCCAAAUUGGUUUGGACACGACUCGCAGAACCCGAAACUCCUAGAGGAGAGCCUUCUCAGCCAUCAUGACAACUGCGCCGAAAUUGAGAGACUUGGAGUGAGCUCGUACCUGCUCCUGAACUGCAACUUCUGGUACGAGUUCAGCCUGGGAGGCGGGCCCGAUCGAUACGGAUUCGAUUUCCAGAACCGUUCGCUGAUCCUGUUUGAUGGUGGAAAUACUCUCCUUAAUACAAGCACAUGGCCCCAGUGCGGUCGGGCGUUAGCUAGCUUGUUGAGUCUCAAGGAACUCCCCGAUGACGAGACGGAUAAGUCGCCUACUUUGUCCCAAUUCCGCAACGGCCCUGUCUACAUCUCGAGCUUCCGAGUCAGCCAGCGCGACAUGUUCGAGAGUGUCAAGCGCGUGACUGGCACCACGGAUGCCGACUGGAAGAUCACGCACGAGUCAUCUGAAGAGCGAUGGAAGGAAGCUCAUGCUGCGGUGAUGCAGGGUAACUUUGCCGGGUUUGCGAAGCAGUUGUAUAGUCGGAUGUUCUUUCCCAAUGGCGAUGCAGAUCUGGAAUCGAAGUACGAGCUGCACAACAAGGUCCUUGGAUUACCGGUUGAGGAUCUGGAUGAGUAUACUGCGAUUGGGGUUCGUAUCGGAGAGAAUCAGGAGGUUCCAGUGUAUCAUUGA